AUGAGCAACCUCAACAAAUUAUUUUCAAAAAAAAGUUCCUCUUCUCGUUCCACUUCACAUCCCUUCACAAGUUCUUCCUCUUCUCGUCCCACUUUGCAUCCCUCUACAAGUUCGAAUCAAGCCACAACAGAAAUUUUAAAUAGAAUACUUUCGCAACAAAAUUCGUUUCAAAAAAGUAUGGAGGUACUUCUUAAAAAUCAAGAAACUAUACAAGAAGAUAUUAAAAAAAUUAGGGAAGAAAUUGCUAUUCUCUCAUAUGACAAAGACAAUUUAAAUGCUAUAAUUUCUGAUACAAUAAAAGACUUGAUGAAAAAAAAAAUAUAUCCAAAUCCUGCUGAAAUGAAAGCUGCAAUUACAUUUUUUUUUAAAAAAACUGAUGAUGAAUUUUUUUCAACCUUCAGUAAUACUGGAUGGAAUAAUUACUAUAACAAAAAAAUACGAAAGAAUUUAACUGAAAAACUGCGAAGUCAACGUAGUACAGCAUGUUCGCAAGUAAAAACUGCUAUCUUCAAAGUUUUUGCAAACAAGGGCUUACCUCCUAUAAACAAUACUGCAAAAGCCACCGAGAUUACCAUGUGGAAAAAGAAGCCAGUUGUAUUAAGGUGUUUUAAAAAUUUAUUUACAGAAAUUAAUGGAAAUGCAGAAGAAUCUGAAACAUAUAUGGAGAGAAUCAUAAAGGAUGCAUGGCCUAAAAAAAAAAAUUUAUCUGAUCAACAAAUUUCCUGGGCGAUAUUAAUAACCGAAAUCUUUCUUGAUCCUAAGAAUGAAUAUAUAAAAAUAACUGAAGAAACAAUAUUACCAAUUCUUGAAAAAAAUAAAGAAAAAAUCAAAAAUAAAGAAAUUUUUAAAUAUUCUCCUCAAUCUUCUACUCCCGGAUCUCCUGCUCCCGCUCUUGAAAGUUCUCCUGUUCUUGAAAAUUCUUCUGCUCUUGAAAGUUCUCCUGCUUCCGAAAGUUCUCCUGCUCCUGAAAGUUCUCCUGCUCUUGCUUCCGCUCCUACUUCCGCUCCUGAAAAUUCUUCUGCUUUUGUUCCCACUUUUAAAAAUUCUUUUGCUCUUGCUUUAGUUCCUGAAAGAUUUUUUACUUCUGAAAGAUUUGAAAAAUCUCAAUCUCUAUCUGAAGAGCCUCCAGAAUUAGAAG